AUGCCUCCCAAGAAGACAAUCCAAGAGCCAAAUGUCAAUGUUCCAAAUGGAGAUGCAGCAAAAGGAAGAGAUAUCUUUGAUUAAUAAUGUGCUGCCUGCCACGCUUUUGAAGGAGAUGAUAAGACUGCAUCAGCACCAACUUUAGGAGGACUUUUAGGAAGAAAGGCAGGAUCAACUCAAUUCCCAUAUUCUAAGGGCAUGAAGGGAGCAGGAUUCAACUGGUCUGAAAAGCACUUGUUUGUGUUUUUGAAGAAUCCUUCUAAGUAUGUUGUUGGUACUAAGAUGGCUUUCGCUGGUCUUGAAAAUGAAUAAGAAAGAGCUGACCUCAUAGCAUACCUUGCUAACAAUUGAGAAAAUAUAUAAAUAUAAGAUAAAAUAAAAUUGUGGCUAUAAGAGAACCAAA